AUGAUCCGACUCUUAUCAGAAGACAAAGACGUUCGCGUUGUAGUGGGUAUCGAUUUUGGAACAACAUUUUCGGGAUUUUCGGUCGGUCAUGUUGAGAAUCCGAAAGAAGUUGAAGUAUACAGCUUGUGGCCUCGCGGAUCCAUUAAUAAGACAAUUGGAUGGAAGAUCCCGACAGUGUUGGCAUACGGCGAAGAUUCUAAUGUCACGCAUGUUGGAAACGAAGUCAGUGAUGCGGAAGGCCCGUUAGACGACUGCGACGAAGGAAAAUAUUAUUUCGUAGAUUGUUUCAAAAUGCGUCUCUUUAAAGUUGAGGAUGCAAAAAAGCCUAGCCUAGCCGGCGGAAUUAAACCCAAAAAAGCUGUCGAAGAUUUCCUCGUAUAUAUGAAAGAUCGCAUUAAACCCCACAUCGAACGACGAUGGCCAAGCGUUAAUUACCCCCAGCAAGUCUAUUUCGUGUUCACCCUCCCAGUGGGAUGGAAACACGAACAGCAAAGCUUUAUGCUUGAACGGGCUAUAAAGGCGGGACUGUUUGACGCGGAAUGCAAAGAAAACGUGGCUUUCAUAGAUGAGCCGGAGGCGGCUGCCAUCGAUUGUUUUCCGCUAAUGGAUACACACGGGCUUAAAAGUGGCGAAAAAUUCAUGAUAGUUGACUGCGGAGGUGGAACAGUCGAUCUAACGACACGGAAAUUAUUGGGAAACAAGAAAUUGGAAGAAAAGACUGAAUCCACGUUUAAUAGCUGGGGAGGUACAACAGUUGAUAACGAGUUUAUCAAAGCUCUGGCCGACAGGCUAGGGAUUACGCAUGAAAGAAUGGCGGAGUUACGCAAACAGUAUUAUGGUGAAUUUAUUGGGUUGAUCCAAAACACAUUCUCUCCCAUAAAAUUCGAAUUUGACGUUGAAGAAAAUUUCGUGGAUCAGAAAGUACAAUUGACGGAAUCCUAUGAUUUCUUAAAGGACGAAGUGCAAGAUGCAGAAAAGCGGAAGGAAUUGGAAGACAAGGGCUGGAGGCUCGUCUUUACUUUCAAGGAUAUUCGGGCCAUGUUUGAGCCAUCAGUCAGCGAAAUACUAAAAUCUAUAAAUAAACAACUGGAGGCAUGCGAAGGAGAGUGUUCUGCCAUUUUUCUGGUCGGCGGGUAUAGUCACUCCCCAUACCUCGCUCGUUGUGUUAAAGAAAAGUUUAAAGAACAGGUACAGAUAAUUGAUAGUCCUCUCACCCCAAUCAUAGCAGUCGUAAGAGGAGCGGCGCUAUACGGUCUCAGCAUAGACCAUGACGCCAACUCUGAUGCGUACGGGGCAAGCAAGGUGAUCGAGUCACGCGUUCUUCGAUACACUUACGGUACCGACAUGGAAGUUCGUCGUGCCAAUGAUAAUCGUAUGGUCAUGAAAUUUUCAAGGCUGGCAAGACGGGGAGAUUCAGUAAAACAAGACCAAAAGUUCCGUCAAAUAUAUUACCCGUCUCACCCCCGUCAAACCAAGAUAGGUUUAAGCAUCUACGCCUCUAAAGAAUAUAACCCAGAGUUUAUAGAAAGUGAGAAUGUGCGCAAGAUAAAAGACUGGACGAUCGAUUUGCCAGACAGAUAUUUAGGUAGAAACAGACCUGUGGAAUUGUCUUUGACGUUUGGUAACUUUUCAACGACAAUUACCGCAAAGAAUAAGAUCACGGGCCAACAAUUGGACACAUUUGGAGAUGAUAAAUGGAUAGACGAAUAUUUGGAUGCAAGUAGCUGUAGUUAA